AUUUGAUCGGUGUUGCAAACUCUUGGCGCGUGGCGAAAGGAGAUAUCAGCUUUGUGUGCGACCGCGUCUUCGUCGUCGUCGUGCUCGCCUUCUCUUUCUUUCUUUUCGAAAGCUAAGAAGAAGAAAUCUGCUCUAAUUUCGGAUCUCUACCACUUUCUUUCUCUUUUCCAUUUCCUUGUCCUUUCUCCUUCAAAUGGCGGCGGUUUCUGCUUUGGCCAAGUUUAAGCUGGUGUUCUUAGGUGAUCAAUCUGUCGGAAAAACCAGCAUCAUCACCCGUUUCAUGUAUGAUAAAUUCGAUACCACUUACCAGCCUACCAUUGGGAUUGAUUUUCUGUCGAAAACAAUGUACCUCGAAGAUCGAACAGUUCGUUUGCAGCUAUGGGAUACGGCUGGGCAAGAAAGAUUCAGGAGUCUAAUCCCAAGUUACAUCAGAGAUUCUUCUGUUGCCAUAGUUGUAUAUGAUGUAGCCAAUAGGCAAACGUUUCUGAAUAUAUCGAAAUGGAUCGAUGAUGUACACAGAGAAAGAGGUUCAGGGGACGUUAUUAUUGUUCUUGUUGGAAACAAAACUGAUCUUGUUGAGAAAAGGCAAGUAUCGAUCAGUGAAGGGGAAGACAAGGGUAAAGAGCAUGGAGUGAUGUUCAUCGAAACCAGCGCGAAAGAAAAUUUCAACAUUAAGGCUUUGUUCCGGAAGAUUGCUGCAGCAUUACCUGGGAUGGAUUCAUAUUCAUCGGCGACAAAAUCAGAGGACAUGGUCGAUGUGAACCUAAAGACCACUUCAAAUUCAUCGCAAGGUGAGCAACAAGGAGGAGGUGGUGGAGGAGGCUGUUCUUGUUGAUUCAAAAAUAAACAUUUUCUGUUUAAGAAACAUAUUCUGUGAACCAAAGAACCAAAAAAAAA